UUGAAGUCCAUUCAACGAUGGUAUCGGAACUCGAACCUGGAUAGUCCUCUAAAGGGCCUAGGUACCCGCCGAGCAUCCUAGCUCUCUCAGUCCCUCGAAGCCCAUGCGUUCCAAGUGCGUCAAAAAGAAGCAUCCGGUCAAUUUGACACAGUGCACUGAGCACCAGUGACUAUCUCAGGAUGGCAGCAGCCCCGUAUCUCUUUCGCGUUCUAUCUGAACCCACCGAACUGGACCGUCAAAGCUGGGGGAAGUGGUAUGCCUCAGAAAACAUACCCAGCUUGGUCAACGCAAAGGCGGUUACAAGGGCAGGAUUGUAUGAAGCAUUCGAUGACUAUCCCCUUACUACAAAGACACCGAAUGCAGUGGGCCAGACGACUCUCCAUGAUGUCACGGUCACGCAUACCGACAUUGAACCGCCGACCGAGAAGACAUUCCUUGCGAUGUGCCAGGUCGAGGAUCCCACAAUAGCGAGGGAGAAACAUACACAGAACAUCGAUCAGUCCGGACAACUCCUUUCAGGCAAAUCUCCCCAGUCUUGCGCCCAGUGGGAUUCGCGAAUCUAUAAGCUCAUCCAGGAUUUUGACCCGAAAUGCCUGGGGCACACGCCUGCGCCUUUCAUUCUUAACGUUCAAAUGGAACCAGCAGAUGAUGACGACUACAACACGUUUUACCGGGAUGAACACCUGUAUAUGCUCUCAAAGGUUCCGGGGUACCGUCGAUCACAACGCUAUCAGUUGGUGUCUUCGGACGAUAUCAGCCUGUCAGCAGUUCCCAGAUUCAUGGCAGUCCAUGAAUUUGAGUCGUUGGAGGCCCUCGAUGGCCCCGAAUUGAGAGAAGCGGAUGCUAGCCCAAAUACUCAUCGGGUCAUUGGCAAUUCAAAAGGAGUGAGUGUUCGGGGAUUCAGACUUGUGAAAGUCUUUGGGGAUAUGAAAGAGUAGAAGAGCUUCAGGGCAGCGUACAACACCUUGUUAGACGUCUUAGCUAUGGUUCUGAGCUCUCAUCUUCCACGUCGACACCCACGCACCUUAAC